AUGGUAAAUUUGUAAUGUUAUGCUCAACUUUGUUCCCUAAUGUAAUCUUAUACUUAAGCAGAUUAAGAUCAUGAAGCAAGUUUUUCAUCAAAAGAUUGUAAAUCUGCAAAAUAGUACCUCUCAGUGUAUCUUAAACUUUAAUAAGUGUUUUUAAUACUUUAUUUCAAAAACACAUAAAAAAAUUGCAAAAUAUAAUUCUUUUUAUAAUUGGAGUUAAAUUCUAAAAGCUAAUGUUAAUUGAUAGAUGAAAAAUAUUAAGAUAUUGAUUUUACCACUUAAGAUUAAUAAUAAUGUCUUUCUAUAUCAGAAUAUACUUACUCUUGGAAUACAAGUAAGAAUAAAUGUUCAUCGUGUAAUGGUGAUAAAGACAAUUAAACUAAUUAGACAACAAAUCACAUUAAUUCAAGUACUAAGAGAUGA